UUUAUCUUCCAUUUUUUUAUCAUUUUGAUUUUUCCAAACAGAAACCUUCCUUAUGAUUGUCAAUCAAACAUAACAUCUCUUAUUGACAGAUUGUUUCUACUCGGCCUUGAGAAGUUUGGCAAAGGUGAUUGGAGAAGCAUAUCGAGGAAUUUUGUCGUGUCGAGAACCCCUACUCAAGUUGCAAGCCAUGCCCAGAAGUAUUUCAUCCGCCUAAAUUCAAUUAAUAGAGAUCGACGCAGAUCAAGCAUCCAUGACAUUACAAAUGUAAAUGGUGGCGACGCACCUACGUCGCAAGGGCCUAUCACUGGUCAGGGCAUUGUGAAUUCUGCACCAGCUGUAGGAUCCUUCAUUAAUCAGCCCCCACAGCCAAAUAUUCCUGCUAUGGGAAUAUAUGGAACACCUAUGGGACAUCCAGUUCCAGGUCAUAUGGUUUCUGCUGCCGUUGGUACUCCUGUCAUGAUUCCUCCUGGGCAUGCUCCUUAUGUUAUGCCAGUUGCUUAUCCAAUUCCUCCAACAAUGCAUCAAUAGCAUUAAAUUCUACUGAUUUCAUCCUCAAAGCAGAAGGCUCAAAGGAAGAAGAUGAAACUUUGGAGCUGCAGCAGUACUUGAUGAGUGCUGGUAAGUUAACAUAUCUAUGGCUGGGUUACAUUUCAUUCAUUUUGAAGCCGUUUAGCCUACGUUGCAGCCAGCACUAUGAGUUCAAUUUGAUAUUCACAUCUGGCUUUGCUUAGAUGUAAUAUAUAUUCUUGUUUGUUUGUCUGAACUAUAGGGAUUUUUAUUGUAAAUAGUAUUAUUUGAUCCAUUUUGUGCUCAUUAUGGAACUUUAAUAAUUAAACAAUGCUUGUUAUUUUGAUAUGA